AUGAAUGCUUGCCUUGUAGCGCAAGUGGGCUGUUAGAAAUAAUGUUACGUUUCUCUUUUAGUGCAAUUUUAUGUUGUGUUUGUGUGCAUUACUGAACUUAGCUACUAUGAUAAGUAAACUUGUGUAUUCUGAUCUGGGGAGAUUCUGUCAAAAGCAUGUGGUACCGGCCACAGGUACAGCGCAGGAUGCUAUCAGAUCACUAGUGCAGAAGUACCAUCCACCUGGCUCCUUCUGUAUGUCAAAUGGAAAAGGGAGGUGCAUUGUUGUCCCUUUGCCUCAGGCAGCAAAAUGUAUUGGGGUGGCCCUGUGUUCUCAUCUUUUCACAGUGGUGUGGCAAAUAUGAUUUGGUUCUCUGAGCUGAAUCUCAGUCAAGGAAAGCGAGCGCAGGCAAGUGGCUCAGGAGUCUUUUGGGUCCCAGCAAUGAUAAAGCUGGAGCAAACACAUGCCCAUUUAGUCUAGCUCCACCAAGUCCCCCUUCCCCUCUGUGCCAGGAUGGGGAAGAGGUCAGGAGUCUCCAAAUUACUUUGAGUGUUAUUUGCCACCAAGACAUUUUGGCAACUGAGGCGAACCACAAAAUGGUGGGGACCUCCCCACCAGGGAAAAAGGGGUAGAUGAAGAUCUAUACCAGGAACAAGGGGGAGAAUCAAAUCAAGCUUGCCCAAACAUUAAAGGUAGGAAUCGAAGGCCGUCGUGUGCGGGGAAGGGGCCCAAUCUAAAUAUUGCCAGGUGGGUGCAGAGCCCAGGAGACCACACAGGGCAGCUCCCAUUUCCUUCCUGGGAGACCAGCAGCACCUCCGAUUUGCCCGGAGGCCACCGUAGAGACAGCAUUGGUAGAGCUCCCAAGCAGGCAGCAGAUCCAGCCUCCAAAGAACGUGCUGCUGCAGCCAUCACUGGUACCACAGUGGAGGGUGAUACGUCCCUUGAAGGCCAGAUCUGUGGAUUCUGCCACCUGAGGCAGUUGUCUCACUUGCCUCAUGGGUGGGCUGGCUCCAUUUGCCACAAUAGCAGUUUUGAGGCACUGACAGAUUCUGGCACAAGCCUUUGCGGAUACGCACCCUCCGAUGCAAAUAGAGACGUCCCAUUCCAUCAUGAUAAUUUUACUAUUCCUGGGUUACCCCAGUCACGCUGGGCAGCUUACAACAUACAGUGGAUGCUCAGGUUGCGAACGUAAUCCGUGCGGGAGACAGGUUUGCAACCCACAGCGCUGUGCCUGUGCGGGUUGCGAUUCGGCACGUCUGUGCAUGUGCAAAGUGCGAUUUAGUGCACAUGCGCCGGAAGUAACCUGUUCUGGUACUUCCAGGUUCGGCACAGUGCGCAACCCGAAAACGCACAACCCGAAGCGUCUGUAACUGUAUAUAAAAACAUAAUAAAACCUUUUAAAAAAAAACUUCCUUAUGCAAGAUUUUCUUCAGAUGGCUGGGGUGGGGGUCAGAUAACUCUAUACCCUCCAAUAUUUCUCCAGUGAAAAUAGGAACAUCCUAAGAAAAAGCAGGACAUUUUGGGAUCAAAUCAGAAACCAGGGGCUCUCUAAAUCAGGGACUUCCCUGGAAAAUAGGGACACGUGGAGGGUCUGCAGAUACUCUUGGGCUCAUAGGGAGUCAUCCUGAGGUACAUAUGAUAUAUAGGUAUAAAUCACACAUGGUGAGAGAGGGGGUUGUGGAAGGCAGUUUGUUUUCAAGCGGGCAACUGUGUGCGUGUAAACUGAAACAACGUCUUGACGUUUCCGGGCAGUUCUUAAGUGUUGGUGGAGCCGGAGAAGAGGAACACCUUCAGCUUCCCGCGGCUUCUAGGACAUUCUGAGGUGAGGCAGCGUCGGGAAGCUUCUCAAGCCUGCAACCGUCGCGGAGGGGGAAGGGCGCAAUUCUGCCCCUCCUCAUUAGUUCGAUGAAGGAUGGGAGGGGCAAGGCAAAGAAAAGCCGAGAAGCCCCGCCCUUGCUUCUCGGUUGUUCUCCGUAACGAGGGCGACGGCGUCACCGCGCCAAGCUGCAGCGUUUCCCUCCCCCUCCAAACCAGCGGCCCCUCGCGGGGACUUCUGCGCUAGCGCACGCGCAGUCUCCCGCGAGGCGUGGGUAAGGGAAGAAGACAGAGCCCCUCGCAUAUCAACUCGGCGACUUUCCAUGUGGGAGGGUAAAGAGAGGCGCGGCUAGCGCAUGCGCGCCUUGCCGCAUCUCCCUCCCUCCCAAGCUUGGCUCCUCCCCUUUCCCCCCUCGCGCAGGAGGCGAAUCCCCGCCUGCUCCCCGCCCCGCGCGUUCUCUGUCAGUGAAGGUUCCCGAUGGUUCUGGAAAGAGGCGGCGGCGAGGCUAUAUAAGGCGAGCGUGAGGCGGGGGAGCCGCGCAGUGCAGCUCGAGAGGAGGUAACGGGAGAGCGAGCUCUCUGAGAGGAAGCGUUCUCAAGCAGCCUGGUCAUCCAACCGCCGCCAAGGUGAGGAGGCCGCUAGGUAGGGGGACGGCAGUUGGCGGCGUCUGUUGCCCCUCACGGAACUAAAGGCGCCUUUGCCCGCCGCGAUAGCCACAGAAGUGGCAUCGGAGAAGUGACGGGGCGGAAUUGCCGGUGCUUUGAGGUGCCGCGCGGUGAUGGGGAAGGGGAGAAGGACGGAGGAAAGAAGUGGCGUGAAGGACGGGGUUGGACCGGUGGCGGUUGAAGAGAUUUGAGGGGGGGGGGGAGGUUUAGAAGGUACAAGCGGGGAAAGAUGUCUCUUCCCCACACAUAAACACCUCAGCGAAGGAAAUGGGCCGCGUGUCCCUUAUUCGCGCGCUCGCCGCUCGUUCUACGUGUGCGUAGAAUACUGCAUAAGAAAUACGAGUCGGCGUUUUCCUGCGGGGAAGAAUAAAUAGACAGGGUUGCUCGGGGCUAACGGACAUAAUAACGGAGCCGAUAAGCGGCAGCUCGGCGCGGAAGGCGGUUACGUCGAAGGAGCGGGCGGGUGUUCUCGGUGAGAACGGGCUCGAUUGUCCAGUACUUGGGGGGGGGGGGAGGGAGGAUGGAAGCGGCGCUCGCGGGGGCGGCGGUGGUGAUGGGGAGGCGGAUGCGAGUUGGGGUGCGGGAGGGGGGGGGAAUGUCUUCUGCCGUGGCGGCGCGUGCACGUUAAGUCGCUGGCAGCUUCGCGGCGCGGUCGAGAGGAUUGGCUUGUCAAAGCGCUGGUGAAGGGAGGGGUUUGAAAGGGCAAAAAAAAAGAGGGUGGGCGGGAAGGCUCUAGCAGUUUCUAGAAGGAUUUGGUGUGUUCCGCGUCGAGGCCGGCAGGGGGCGCAGGGACUGGCGUCUUGGGAGAGCCAGUGGAGUGUCCCUCUUUCAUUCGGUUCCUUUCGCCGUUGGUCGUUUCGCUAGGCAGAGGGGGGCCGUUUUGCAGGUGCUGUUGAGUCCCCCCCCCCCUCGAGUUUCAGGUUUAAAUGGUUCAUGUUACAGUAGCAAAAAGCCACAGCAAGACCAUCUUUAAGCCUUCUUUCUUACCUGUUCGUUCAGAAGUUGUUAAGCUUGCGGAAUUCGGUGGGGUUUAAUGCCGAGUAGAUGCAGCCAGCGCACACACAGCAAACAUUGGCCUUUUUUUAAUUAGUUGCCAGGAUUUCUUAAAACGGGUGCAUAUUAUGUAUGGCAGAGUGAACUUUUUUCACAAUAAGAUUGAUUUAUCAUUGCUCCAUGCAAUGUGUAGAGAGAGUCUGGGCUGGUGAUUGAUUACAUAGGGUGCUGCUGCUUGAAUUACUCCCAGGAGAGCAGACUGUUGGGAGUUAAUAAUAACUCAUUAUUAAAUAUGAGUUCUCUUAUCUAUCUUGUAACCAACUUUGUAACAAGAAAAAUUUGCAUGGCAAGCUGCUUUCAGAAAUUCUUGAUCUGUGAAACAUUACAUUACUUUGGGAACUGUUAUUGAUGAAAUAGUUAAUUGUCUAGUAUGUACAAUAUUUGAGAUUGAGUUAAAACUGACUCCCCACUAAAGUAAAAUUUAAACAUAAUUUUUCUACAUAGAUAACAGAUACUUAGGACCCUAGUUAGGAUGCUUAAAACAUGCAAUUGUUAAUUCAGUGGCUACAUUCAAUGAUCUGUGCUUUAAAAAUUUUUUCUUUACUAUUGGUAGAUGCCAGAGGAAGUACACACACAAGAUCAGCCAAUGGAGGAGGAUGUGGAGACCUUUGCCUUCCAGGCAGAGAUAGCUCAGUUGAUGUCCCUGAUCAUCAACACUUUCUAUUCCAAUAAGGAAAUCUUCCUCAGGGAGCUUAUCUCCAAUUCAUCUGAUGUAAGUAAAUCUUCCAAGGGGUAGAAAACAAAUAAUUGGCUUAUGUUAAGGUUUCCUAAACACUGAAAAGGUUACCUUGUGUUUUACAGGCUCUGGAUAAAAUCAGAUAUGAGAGUUUGACUGACCCAAGCAAACUGGAUUCUGGAAAGGACCUGAAGAUCAACCUUAUUCCUAACAAGCACGAUCGUACCCUGACUAUUGUGGAUACUGGCAUUGGAAUGACCAAAGCUGACCUGGUGAAUAAUCUGGGAACCAUUGCCAAAUCUGGCACCAAAGCCUUCAUGGAGGCCUUGCAAGCUGGUGCAGAUAUCUCCAUGAUUGGUCAAUUUGGUGUCGGUUUCUACUCUGCGUAUCUGGUUGCUGAGAAAGUAACCGUGAUUACCAAGCACAAUGAUGAUGAACAGUAUGCUUGGGAGUCUUCAGCUGGUGGAUCAUUUACUGUCCGGCUGGACAAUGGUAAGGAAUGUUAAUGUUCUCAUCUUAUUGGUAAAUUGCCAUGAUUCUAAGGAAAACUAGAGCUCUGGUACAAAACUAGAUCAGUAAUUGUACUGAGCCAACAUAUGCACAUUAAAAUAUUAAAUUCUAAAGUUGGCUAUUUGAAAUUGUUACUUAGCAGUCAAAUACUCAAAAUAGCUUUUGUGGCAGUGGCAGUUAACUUCUGUAACUCUUUGCGUUGCAGGUGAGCCUUUAGGCCGUGGUACAAAGGUUAUUCUGCAUUUGAAGGAAGAUCAAACAGAAUACAUUGAAGAGAGACGAAUUAAAGAAAUAGUCAAGAAGCAUUCCCAGUUUAUUGGAUAUCCAAUAACACUUUUUGUAAGUGACUUUGUCUCCAGAACCAUUGUAUUGUGUACCAGAUACAAAAAUCAUAGUUCUUAAUUCUCCUUGAAAUAAACUACCAAGCAGUUCACACAUGUGUGUCAAAAAUGGCAAGGGAAGCAAAAUUUUCAGUGCAUGCUCAAGCAUUGGUAAAGCUUUAAUAAUGAAAGGUUGCAGCAAAUUAUUUUGGAUUAACUAGUCACUCUAAUAGGUUGGAAUAGGAGGGCAACUGAAGUUCAAAGCUGCGAAAGAAAGUGGUAUUGUGGAGGUUUAUGUGCUUAUCAACCAGUGGUCUUUUCACUUGUUAUGUAGUUCAGUCAUGCAAAUUCACUGGCCUUGUUUCAACUUUGUUUUUUGUGGGCAGGUGGAGAAAGAGCGUGAUAAAGAGGUGAGUGAUGAUGAGGCUGAGGAAAAAGAGGAAGAGAAGGAAGAAAAGGAAGAAAAAGCUGAAGAUAAACCUGAGAUUGAAGAUGUUGGCUCUGAUGAGGAAGAGGAAAAGAAAGAGGGCGACAAGAAGAAAAAGAAGAAGAUCAAGGAGAAGUACAUUGACCAGGAAGAGCUGAACAAGACUAAGCCAAUUUGGACCAGGAACCCAGAUGACAUUACUAAUGAAGAAUACGGAGAAUUCUACAAGAGCCUGACCAAUGAUUGGGAAGAUCAUCUAGCAGUCAAAGUAAGAUUGUUACUUAUGGAAAGCUAAAGUUGUAGUAUAGCUUGAUUGUAGAAAAAGCCCUCAAUGAGGUUUACAAAAUUGAUGAAACAAUAACAUUACUAAAAAAAUUUGCAAUCAAAAUUUAAAACAUACAGAAAGUUAAAACCACUGACAAGAUAAAACUCACAAAACUUUCUAAAAAUGUAGGUAGGCUUGCCUAAAAAAGAAUACAUGUGCCUACUAUCAAUGGACAAGGAGUUACAAAGUGACAGUGCUGCCACACUGCCAACAAGUUCUUACAGAAGUGCUGCGGGUAUUACAUGGCACGUGUAAAAGUGCCUAUUCUGCCAAUGGAAGUGGUCACGUGGGCACAUAGGGGGUGAAGGAAUCCUUGGGCUCUCCAGAUGUUUCACUACAACUUCCUUUUUUUGCAGCACUUCUCUGUGGAAGGGCAGCUGGAAUUCAGAGCACUCUUGUUUGUUCCAAGGCGUGCACCUUUUGACUUGUUUGAAAACAGAAAGAAAAAGAAUAACAUCAAGCUGUAUGUGCGCAGAGUGUUCAUCAUGGAUAACUGUGAAGAAUUAAUCCCUGAAUAUCUGAGUAAGCGAAUAGCUCUGCAUCUGCUAAGUGGUAUCCUGGUAGAUAUAGGAUGGAAGUUGCUGCUACCUGUAAUGCGUGCAGAGUGGCCUGGAAGAUGUGUAACAUAAGUGUAAAUGCAGCACUUUGCAUAUCUUGAGUGAAUUAAUGCAUGUUAUGUGUGGAGUGCUUCUGUUUUAAAUUCCAUUUUUUAAUAAGUUCUAAUGCCAAGUGAGUGAUGUGUGUGCAGCAUAACACUGCCGUGAUGUACUACCUUUUUUCUAAAUCGGGCUUUCCCAAAUCUAAGAAUUCACUUGCCGCUCAAAGAGCUUACAAAGUGUGCCAUUGACCCCAACCUAAAUUUUAUGCAACUAUGAAGGAAAAUGAAGAAGUAUAUAAUCAACAUUUAUUAAUGAUCAAAUACCAUAACCAGGAACAAUUAAGUAAAACGAGGGGAAAUAAUGAUACCAUGCAUUGAUCCCUGUAACUGUAUUUAAAACAAUUGGCAGUAAAGCAGCAUUUUCCAAUAAUAGUUGUGGAUUUGUCUUGCUAGAUAGAGGCUUCUCAUUUGCAAAGGAGGUGAACAUGCCCAUGGCAAUUAUUUCUGAUUAAUCUUUAUUCAUUUGCCAUCAUAAACUUCUUCUACAACCCUAGGCUCUUUUUUUGACCCCAGGUCUUUAUUAACCCCUUGCCCUGUGCCCUAUCUACCCUAGGGGAUGACCGUUUCAGGAAACGAUAUAAAUUGAAAGCAACAUACCAUUACUUAGGCGUAUAAAUAACCCAUGCCUAGGAAUAGCUAGAUUAUCACUCUGCAUGAUAGACUAAUGAAUAUGUUCUUCACAGAUUUCAUGCGAGGUGUUGUUGAUUCAGAAGACUUGCCUCUAAAUAUCUCCCGUGAAAUGCUGCAGCAGAGCAAGAUUCUGAAAGUCAUCCGGAAGAACUUAGUCAAGAAAUGCUUAGAACUCUUUACUGAGUUGGCAGAAGAUAAAGAAAACUACAAGAAGUUCUACGAGCAGUUUUCCAAAAACAUUAAGGUUGGUUGGGUCAGAGAAUGCACUUUCCUGUGUGUCUUGAGUAUUGGGUAAUACCUAACAUAAAAAUUGCAACUUUCUUCCAGCUUGGCAUACAUGAGGAUUCACAGAAUCGCAAGAAACUAUCAGAGUUGUUGAGAUACUAUACUUCUGCAUCUGGGGAUGAGAUGGUAUCAUUAAAAGAUUACUGCACCCGGAUGAAGGAAAAUCAGAAACAUAUAUACUACAUUACAGGCAAGUUUCACUUUUAUAACUAGAAGCUAAAAUGACUACAACUUUCAGUAGUGAAAUGAAGUCUAGUUAUCUUGAUUAACUGAGGAUUAUUGGGAAACUGUGUGUGUUCUCUAGAUGUUGCAUUUUAGACUUGACUUAAGUAUUGUCCAAGGGUGGCUUUAUAGAAUUUGAAUUUGUUGCACAGGUUUGCCAUAUUUCAUCUAUGUUUUAGACUAUUAUUACUUGGGGCAUUGAUGCUGCAUAUGUUUGUGGCUUGGAAACUGUGUGGUCUUAGACUUAAUAAAUUUUGGGGGAUGGAGGAGUGCUUAGUUAAAGUAAUUGAAUCUGUUUCUCUCUUUGUAGGUGAAACCAAAGAUCAAGUAGCAAACUCUGCUUUUGUGGAGCGCCUUCGUAAACAUGGUUUGGAAGUAAUUUACAUGAUUGAGCCUAUUGAUGAAUACUGUGUACAGCAGCUAAAAGAAUUUGAGGGCAAGACUUUGGUUUCAGUAACAAAAGAGGGACUGGAACUUCCUGAAGAUGAAGAGGAGAAAAAGAAACAGGAGGAGAAGAAAGCAAAGUUUGAAAGCCUCUGCAAGAUCAUGAAAGAUAUACUUGAAAAGAAAGUAGAGAAGGUAAGCAUGAAAUAAUAUGUAAACUCUGGUAAAAGCAGUUGUCAGAUUGUUUCCUGCAAGUUCAUAAGUUACCUGGUACUGUUAGACUACUAGUUCAUCCUGCCAAGCAACAGUUUACAGAAGUUCUUCCAGCUCUGACUCUAUAGAGUUUAACUGGAGGUGCCAAAGAUUGAAUUUGAGACCUAAUCCCAGCCGAUGUGAUAUCUGUGGUGUUCACUAUACCACCUUUCUAAUCCUUGUCUAAAUCUUUUUUAAAUUCUUAGUGCUACCUAAUGGAUUGCUGUUUGAUAACUAAAGUUUAAUUAUGCUGGUGCACUUGGUGUACUAGCUUGGUGUUAAGAUGAUUCCAUAUUACAGUAUGUUGAAGUAGCCUGCAUGUAUCCCCAUUAAAAGUCAGCUGUUUGGUACAAACUAAAUAUCCAAUAAAAUAACAUUCAAGUGCAAAAACAUUAGUACUGUAACACAUUUAGCUGUAUGGAUUUUCUCUCUAUGUACUUACCUAGGUUGUAGUCUCCAACCGAUUGGUGACUUCCCCAUGCUGUAUUGUGACCAGCACAUAUGGCUGGACAGCAAACAUGGAGAGGAUAAUGAAAGCACAAGCACUCAGGGAUAACUCCACAAUGGGCUACAUGGCUGCCAAGAAGCAUCUGGAGAUCAAUCCUGACCAUUCUAUUAUUGAGACACUGAGGCAGAAGGCAGAAGCUGAUAAGAAUGACAAAUCAGUGAAGGACCUGGUCAUCCUGCUGUAUGAGACUGCUCUCCUGUCAUCUGGCUUCAGUCUAGAAGACCCCCAGACACAUGCCAACCGUAUCUAUAGAAUGAUAAAACUUGGUUUGGGUAAGUUAAACCUCAUUAACUAAAUGUUGUAUAGUUGGGAAAGCUUUAUUGUUGUGGAAAUAUACAUAGUUUAACACUCAAUUUUUGCUAAAGGUACUAGGUACUAGUGAUAAAACACUAUAAUUUAAUUACAGGUAUAGAUGAAGAUGAUACUGCUACAGAAGAAACUACCCCUGCAGUUGCUGAAGAAAUGCCACCACUUGAAGGAGAUGAUGACACAUCACGCAUGGAAGAAGUGGAUUAA